AUUAGUUCCAAACACAAGGCUUAUCUUAGUACAAGAUAAAAUAUUAUAGGAAAUAGACAAGGUGCUCAGUCAGAAAACCAAAGCUGCACAAAAUGUUUUUGGACCUUCCUGAUGAAUUAUAAAGGUGAACCCAUGGAGAGUUAUUCAGAAUAUGUGGUUAUGUGCCAACACGAGGAAUUAUUUGCAUGGAAAAAACAGAACAGUCUCCACCAGGAAUUUUCUCAAGGGUUUUAAACGGUGUUCUUCAGUACAAAAAGUCUUGAAUCCUGUGAUCUCUGCAUAAUAUUCAAGAACAUCUAUAAUCAAAUGCCUAUAAUAUUCUGAUUCAAAGAAAGAGCUUGCCAAAUGGGUAGAUGCCUCCAAUGGACUGGAUUGACCUUGAGUCUUCUAACCAUUUUGUCAGAUCCAGGGUUUGGUGCCUCCAUCAUAGAAAGCCCCCAAAACCAAACAGUUCUUGUUGGCUCAAUAGCCCGAUUUAAUUGUACUGUGUCAGAGGGAUGGAACGUUUUGAUAUGGCUUUUUCAUGGAGAUCCUAAAUUGACUGUAAUAUCGAAUGGAACAUUUUAUGGUUCACCACCAUUCAGUCAGAAAGGUCAUGCAAGUGGUUCCACCUUUACCUCAGAGUUAAUGAUUGCCGAUGUCCAACUAACUGAUUCUGGGCAAGUAAGAUGCAGCAUCCAGAAUGACCAGAACAAUAUGUAUGCAUAUCUUUCUGUACAAGUUAAUGGAUCCUUGAGUAUCAAAGAUAACAACUUCAGUGUAAAAGAGAACCAAACAAUUGAAAUAGUUUGUGAAGCUCUUGGAUGGGCUCCAGCCCCAUAUAUUUUCUGGAUGGAAAAUAAUAUGUCAAUAAGCAAUUCAAACUACAUUACCAGUCAGAGCCCAGGAUCAAAUGGCUUGUACAAUGGAGAGAGCACCCUAAGGCUGACACCAAUGACCAGUGUCAAUGUGACUUGCUUAGCUGCCAUAGUUGCACUCCCUAGGCCCCAGAGUACAACUGUUGCUGUCAUUGUGUAUCAACAUGAAAAAUCUGGUAAUGACGAUGCACGAAUCCGAACAAUAAUUUUAGCAGUUGUGUUGCCAAUUGUGGCUAUACUGCUUGUGAUCCUCAUUAUUCUGCUUAUUGUAUGCUGCAAAAGAAAAAAAGAGUCAGACUAUCAAAAGGAGGUGAAGAAGAAUAUUGCUGAAACUAAAACAACUAAUAGAAAUUUGGAGACAAUUACACGUAGUGGAAAUGAAAAUUAUGGCUACAAUCCAGAAGAAAUGUAUGAGACUGUACAAAUGAGAGGAAUUGUCCCUGUUAGUCCAAGCAUUUAUGGCUCAAAUCAAGAUGCAUAUCUGAAACCUCCAUCAGAGGUUCUCUACAAUAGAUAUAAUGGUGAAGCACUUCCUUCAAGGCCUACUACUUAUCCAGUCCAUCCCAGGAAAAUAAGGAAUGCCACGCAUGUAUAAGAAAAUAUUAUCUAUAGUCAUCGUUGAGUAUCACAUCUUCCAGACAAUCAUCAACCUGAAAAUUCAGUACAAUACAUUCAUUUUUCAUCAGUGUAUCUGAUAACCAGCAAUUACAUCUUGUGUAGAAACUUGCAGAAAUCUCAAAUACUUUCUUCAGGAUGAAAAUGUAACUCAAAUAGUGGACACUUUCCUACUUUUGAAACAUUCUUUUUGUAUGAUGAAGAAUUCUGUGGAAUAUAAACGCUUAUAUGUUCUUUUUAAGGGGUUGGUUGGUCUAAUAGAAGAUUUCACUCAAUUUUUCAUAUUCAUUCCAAAAUAAUUUGUUUCACUUGUUCACUUAUAUUGGUGUGUAAGACUAGAGAUUGAGAUAUAUAUGUGCUUAUAAUAUAAGCAAUAUAAAAAGUAAAUAAUAUUUAUUACAUAUAUCUUUUUUCUCUGGUUUGCAUAGAGUGGAUAGUAUUGACACUGUAAGUAGAAUAAACUAAGCACUUCCAGGGAUGAUCAAAGCAGAAAAAUACUGGAGUGGUUAACAGCUAUUAAGGCAUUAUGAAAUCAUGUUUUUUUUACUAAAGCCGAUGUGAAUAUAUGAGGAUUUAAAAAUAUCUUCACCAUUUUUAACCUGGAUUAUACAAAUCUAUAACACUAGUCAUCUUAAAUGCUUAUUAUUAAUAUCUCAGAUCUAGCCAGAAAUGUUUCAGCCAUUCAACAAUACAAUAAUACCACAAACCAUUGCUCUGAAGGAUGUCUAUUUAUUUCCAUUUCGAUUAUUUCAUUUGUGUAUGCUCCUCUUGCUCUACACUUCUAUUAAAAAAAUAGUUCAAGGACGGACUCAUCAAAAUCAAUAGAUCUCGCUUUUUGAAUGGAUGUUGCAACAGAAUCGAU